CGUUGAUGUUCAUCCAAUUAAUUGAGGCAGCCGUUCAUCCUGUUCUGACAUACAAAAACACAUCCACUGCAUUGGGACAGUUAGUAACGUCCAGCACUUUGGUAUGGGAGACGUAUGAUCCUAAGAAUAGCAAUCAACUGCAAUAUGCGGUGGAGGGCGGCAAGUACAUAAGUGAGGAAGAGCACUACCCCAUCUAUGUAUGUCGCGUGACAAUCGAAGGAGUGACGACCAGUGGCCAUACAGAGAAGAUCCAACAGUCGCACGUGUGUGUGGCUGCCCAUUAUAAAAAUAAAAAGUACGACCACUUUGAUGUCCUCAUAAACAAGGGCCAUUUAGGUAAAGUUUCGUGGAAGCAGUGGCGCAAGUUUAAUUUGGGAGUACCUGUGGGCGCUAUACGCAUUGGCGAGGAUUCCUAUAUUGCUAGACACAGGUCAUCCCAACAUCAGAAUAUGGAAGAAGGCGAGGCAUUCCAAGGGGCUGAUUACAAUUUAGGUCGUUUAGAUCCUGCCGGCUUGGGUAAAAUCAAAGCCAUGGAAUCGGAUCGUGAAAAGGACUACGACGAAGGCGAAGUUUUGGUUGAAACAGAACCAUUUCGGUAUGAACUGCGCGACAUUCGUCUAGAUCAAAUACGAAUGGACAGCAGAGAUAAUGUCACGGAAUUGGCCUCUGGCAUUUUGGCCAACAAGAUUGACAAGUACAUUCUUGUAGAGACGGUAUUGUCGUAUAGUUACGAUUACAUACAAUAUUGGGGUUCCCAUGAGGGCGUCGCACGUGGUUUGCCAACUAAGGUCUACGAGAAAGACCCAUCCAAUCCCACGGAAAUCAAUUGGGGCUUGAAAUACAGCGAAAAACGCGUGGAAACCAAAUCAGUGCAAACAAAAUUAUGGCCAGGAACCGCUAUCAAUGUAACGUUGAAGGGAAAUUAUGUGACUCUGGAUGCUCCUUACUCAGCGAAAUUGUAUGCCUUCUACGCCGGCAGCGAGGACAGUAUAUCUAGAAAAAUAUUAUCGGAGGUGCGUAAAUCAUAUUUGAAAGAUGUCAAGUUAGAGUUCAGUCAGGUGUAUUGGAUUGAAAAUGGAACGUUUGUGCCAACUACAACCACUACGUCGACGACUUCCACAACAACACAUGCAACCACAACAGCAGGCAACCCAACCCCAAUACACGAACCACCAGUAGUUCUAAUGAAGGAUUUGGUUGAUACGAACUCAGCAGCCGGUAGCUUGGAGACUUCCAUGUUAGACUCCCCGCACAGUAACGAGAUACCACAGGACAAACCUGACAAUCUCGCUGAGCACAAUCUAAAGCCAGCCAUGGCAGGUAUUGGUUUGCCACAUAAUUCCGCUGUUACAAAAUCGGGGGUACAAACAUUGACCUUCUACUCUGUAUGCUUUGUCCUCUCCCUAAAAGCGUUGCAUCAUCUGGUUAUGUAG